UGUCAAAGAAGAAUUUACAAUCAAACAGUGUUUACAUCUGAGGUUAUCACUGAGUCUUAGCGAAAUGAUCAGAUCAUUUCACUGUAGUAGGUAUUUGGCAGCAAUAAAAAUCAAUAUCCGUUCGUCUUCAAACGGAGAAAAUCAAGAGUAACAGUAAAAUUAUGGUGUGCCUCUGCAACCUGAUUUAUGUGCUACUUUUCAUCGGUUCGUUCAGUUUAAUUUGCUUGCUGACAAUUUUCCUGCUACUAAGGCAGCUAAUAAAAAGUCGGAAAAUCAAACGUCGUACCAACAAUGACAACGAUAAAUACGUGGCUCUUUUUCAUCCAUACUGCAACGCCGGAGGAGGUGGUGAACGUGUUCUUUGGUGUGCUGUUAGAGCUUUGCAAAACAAAUACGAGGGUAUAAAACUUUUUAUAUAUACCGGAGAUUUAGAAGCCACUGGAAAAGAAAUCUUAGACAAGGCGGAAAGAACGUUCAAUUUGAACCUUGACAGGGGGAGAAUUCAGUUUGUGCAUCUGAAGAAAAGACGAUGGGUCGAAGCGAAACGUUAUCCUUAUUUUACGUUACUUGGUCAAAGCUUGGGCUCAAUGAUUCUAGCUAUGGAAGCGCUGCUUAGUCUACAACCAGAUAUUUAUAUUGACACCAUGGGAUAUGCUUUUACGUAUCCAAUAUUUUCUUAUGUGGGAGGAUGCAAAAUUGGUUGCUACACGCACUACCCAACAAUUAGCAUUGAUAUGCUGCGAAGGGUCCAAAACCAUGCAAACACAUACAACAAUCGGGCGUAUGUUUCCAAAAAUCCUUUCGCCACGUGGAUAAAAAUAGUUUAUUACCGUAUAUUUUCUAAAAUAUAUGGAAUUGUUGGUCGCUGCGCGGACACAGUCAUGGUUAAUUCAAGUUGGACUGAAAACCAUAUUAUUUCACUAUGGGAAGUACCGUACAAAACACAUCGGGUAUAUCCUCCUUGUGAGGUGACUCAUCUGAAAGAUCUGCAAUCGCUAGCAAGCGCACAUGAUAAAAUCAUCAUUUUAUCAGUAGGACAAUUUCGUCCUGAGAAGGAUCACCCGUUGCAAUUACAAGCAAUGUACGAGUUGAGAACAUUGUUGAAUAAAGAUGAAGCACUAUGGAAUCGGUUGCGGUUGAUGAUUGUUGGAUCUUGUCGCGAUGACGAGGAUCGAGAGCGAGUUAAAAAUAUGCAGGAUUUUGCUAAGCAUUUGUCAUUGGAGAAUUCAGUCGAGUUCAGAGUAAACGUCUCCUAUCAGGAACUCAUUCAAUGUUAUCAAGUAGCCACCAUUGGAUUACAUGCGAUGUGGAAUGAGCACUUCGGCAUUAGUGUAGUGGACUGCAUGGCAGCUGGGUUGAUUAUGGUGGCCAACAGAUCCGGCGGACCGCUGAUGGACAUUAUUGAAACUUCGGAGGGUAGCCAAAAUGGUUAUCUAGCUAUUGACGCAUAUGAUUAUGCCCGCUGUAUUGCCACUAUUCUUUACAAUAACCGAGAGCAGAAUAACAGAAUUCGGGAGGCAGCGCGUGCUUCUGUGGAUAGGUUCUCGGAAGCGGAGUUCGAAGCUGGUUUCUUGAGGGCUAUCUCAACCAUCCUGGACGACAAGGAGUGCCAGUAAAGGGAUAGCUACAACUGAUUUAUCCGUUUAGAAAGCUGUUAGAUAUGAGUUCCUAAUUUUUAGUUUGAGAAUCAAUUACUAAUAAUACUUAAAAUAAUGUCAAAUAUUUGUCACUUCGACUAUACCAUCAACAUUAAUUUAGGAUAAAAUUUUAUAGCAACCAAAUGUGUGACUUCCUGGAAUUCACCACUAAGGCAAUAAAAUUAGAAACAAGUGC